GAAAUGAACCCUAACGCCCGGACCGCCAUGUACCGGGACAGACGUCACUCACAAACCCUACAUAAACCCCCCCCCCCUGAAACUUGUGUCCCUCGCUCGCGCGCGCUCUCUCUCUCUCUGCUUAGAUUGUAUGGAUGAAUCUCGAUGAAUUAAUCCCAACUGAAUUGACCCCCUUUCUUCUCCUUCAAGACAUGUAGUAACAUUAGUGUCACAAUGCCCGCUGUUCUUUCUUAACCCCUUGUGAGAUCAAUUUCAUAACUUGAUUCUUCUCUGGAGCUUGCUGUGCUCGACUUUUAGGGUUUUAUGGCGAGAGUUUGUGGUCCAGGCCUCAUCACAGCCCUAGCUUCUGCAGCAUUAGGAGGCGUCGACCAUGCAUAUGCCGACGGCCCUUUCAACUUGUCUCCAUUUUCUUCUUCGUCAGCAGCACCGACGUCGUCUCAAGCUUCUUCGGAAUCUUCAACGUCGUCUCAAGCAUCGGCCGCAAAUGCUGAACCUCCUCCACGCGUUCGCAAUGAUAACCCCCGAACUACGUCUGCUGGAUUUGAUCCAGAGGCGCUGGAGAGGGGUGCUAAGGCCCUAAGAGAGAUUAACGACUCCUCCCAUGCCAAAAAGGUAUUUGAGGUAAUGAAAAAGCAAGAAGAGACUAGGCAGACAGAAUUGGUUGCAAAAGGGGCAGAGUUUAAAGCUCUGCAAGCUCAAGCUGAAACGGAGCGACAAAAGGUAAUUUAUGAAGAACAAAAAAAGCUUGCUCAGCAACAGGCACAAAUAAAAUCCCAGAUGGCUCGCUAUGAAGACGAAUUGGCAAGGAAAAGGAUGCAGGCGGAAAAUGAGCAUCAAAGAGCAAGAAAUCAAGAGCUCGUAAAAAUGCAAGAAGAAUCAGCUAUAAGGCAAGAGCAAGCCAGACGAGCAACUGAAGAACAGAUUCAAGCUCAGCGCCGGCAAACAGAAAAAGAGAGAGCUGAGAUUGAACGUGAAACAAUAAGGGUGAAGGCUAUGGCAGAAGCAGAAGGGAGGGCCCAUGAAGCAAAGCUUGCUGAAGAGGUUAACAGACGCAUGCUAGUAGAUCGUGCGAAUGCUGAGAGAGAGAAAUGGGUUGCUGCUAUCAAUACUACUUUUGAUCAUAUUGGAGGCGGUUUGCGUGCCAUUUUAACCGAUCAAAACAAGCUGGUUGCGGCUGUUGGUGGUGUGACGGCUCUUGCAGCAGGGAUCUACACAACUAGGGAAGGUGCAAGAGUGCUUUGGAGCUAUGUGGACAGAAUUUUAGGGCAACCUUCGUUGAUCAGAGAGUCCUCAAGGGGGAAAUAUCCUUGGUCAGGAUUGUUUUCUCGAGGUUUAAGCACUCUAUCACGUAACAAUAAAGUGUCUGCCCUUAAUAAGGGGAACGGAUUUGGUGAUGUUAUAUUAAACCCUUCUCUUCAAAAACGGAUUCAGCAACUAGCUAGUGCAACAGCCAAUACCAAAUCCCAUCAGGCACCAUUUCGAAACAUGCUUUUCUAUGGUCCUCCUGGAACAGGGAAAACAAUGGCUGCCAGAGAGCUGGCGCACAAAUCUGGACUUGAUUAUGCAUUAAUGACUGGUGGAGAUGUGGCGCCACUCGGUCCACAGGCUGUUACUAAGAUACACCAGUUGUUUGACUGGUCGAAGAAGUCAAAGAAAGGUUUAUUGCUCUUCAUUGAUGAAGCAGAUGCAUUUUUAUGCGAGAGAAACAAAACCUAUAUGAGUGAAGCUCAAAGGAGUGCACUCAAUGCCCUCCUAUUCCGUACCGGUGACCAGUCCAAGGACAUAGUCCUUGCUCUUGCUACAAACCGCCCGGGCGAUCUUGAUUCAGCUGUGGCGGAUCGUAUCGAUGAGGUCCUUGAGUUCCCUUUGCCUGGUGAGGACGAACGCUUCAAGUUGCUGAAACUUUAUUUGGAUAAGUACAUAGCUCAAGCCGGAGCAAGAAAACCAGGCUUGUUUUCAAAUCUGUUUCGGAAACAACAGCAGAAGAUAGAGGUCAGGAGCUUAACUGAUGAUAUUCUGAAGGAAGCUGCUGCCAAGACUGAAGGAUUCUCUGGAAGAGAGAUAGCGAAGCUGAUGGCAAGUGUUCAAGCGGCUGUCUAUGGGAGCAAGGACUGCGUGCUUGAUCCGAACUUGUUCCGUGAGGUUGUAGAUUAUAAGGUUGCUGAACAUCAACAGAGAAUGAAACUGGCAGGUACCGAAGGAAGUAGUUCGUAAUGGGAGUUUUAAUUGGCCAUAGAUAUGAAGUUUUGCCCUUUAAGGACGAGCAGGUACAUGCUUGUUUUGACAGUCAUGGGCCAUUUUUAUUGAGUGGCCAUAGCAUGUCAUCAUCAUUUGCCCCAUCUACGGGGGAGUUUUGUUAUGCCUUCAUAUGUUCAAUUGAAUUCAAUUUUACCGCCGGCAAUAAUUAUGGAGCUUCCCUUGCAUUA